AUGGCCGAAGUACUGACUGGUAUUGCCGUCGCAACCGAAUCCCUCACUCUUUGCAUCAAGGCCGUCGUUAUCCUCAAAAGAUUCUAUGUGACGGUCAAAGAAGCAAGGGAGGAUCUCAAUAAGAUCCUCAACCUGGUCGGACGCACAAGAAACCGUAUCGAACUGAUGAAGAUCACACUCAUCGAACUUCGGAAAACAACUGACCCCGGUAUUACUGCAGGCUUCAUCGCCGCAUGUGAUGGACUCAACAGAACUCUGAAAGAGCUAGUCCAAGAGGCAUCGACUAUUGCCAACGGUCGAUCUCAAUUUGGUAUUGCCAGACGUCUGAAAUGGUCGAUGAGCCACUCCAAGGUUGAGGAACUUGUUCGAAAGCUGGCAGAACAGGAGAAGGAGGUGACAAAUUCGUAUAUGAUGCUCAACUCGCUCACAAGGUCAUCUGACGAGCGGUCCGAGAUCACAAUCGCCUUUUGCCAAGAAUUAGAGGAGCGCCUUUCCGACGUGUCUACGUUGCGAAGUAGCUCCGAAGAGCCCUCGAGUAGGCCUCGUACUUGGCUUGGGCAUACCAUUACCGAUUACCACUCUCCGGAGUAUCUGCAGCUGCGAGACGAGCUAUCCGAAGCCGUAUACUGGGGUGACUGGGAUGUCGUUUUCAACAAGCUUGAGGAGGGGUUCCGGACAUUUGGUGAACUGUGGGGGAAUGCACCACGAGUGAAAGAUCGAGCGCAGUAUCACCACCUCUCAAUGUGGACUCCUCUUCAUCAAGCGGUAUAUCAUCAUGCGCCAGUCCAUGUCGUUGAACGAUUGCUGGAAUAUGGAGCUUUCAAAACGCUCCGAACAAGAAAAUCCGAAUUCGGGCAUCCCAACUUGACCCCCCUCGAACUUGCUCACGAGAUGGAAGUCUUCCAUCUUUAUGACAUUCUCCGACCAGUGAUAAAACGUCCUUUGCCACCGCACACCCUGCAGAGAAUCGAGUAUAAUUUUCACCGCCUGAUCCGCAGUGAGAUAGGGCAGUGUGUUGAUACAGCAAAGCUCUAUCUCCCUGCUCUUGAGGUUCUCACGGAGCUCUAUGGGGAAGCUGUGUGGUUCCCGAUUAAGUUUGGACAUCCCGGUGCUGGAUACCUUUUCCAGCUGUUGGGCAGGGAGCUUCAGGUCAAAUCUGUGAACAUCCAGGACAAAUCUUCGGAGACCCUCUAUCGCGUUAUGGAAGACGACAUUUAUGAGACUGACCAAAUCUUCAACUUUGCCGGAGAUCUCAAACAGAAGAGAGACAUUGAUGAAGAGGAUACCGCACAAUCCUUGCCGUUCAAGCUGGAACUUUGA